AUGGACGCUGUGGAACUUAAUAAAAUAUCUUUCGAAGAUGCUCGGAAAACUUUGAAGGAAUGGAGAGAUUCUGGUGCUAGAAGAAGUGCCGAGACUGUUGCAAUCUGGGAGAAUGCUUUAGCUAAAAAUCGCUCUCGUCUUGGUGAUGAAGUUUGGGUUAUUUAUGAGCAGCUCUGCUUUGCUGCUUUGGAUACUCAUAACCUUCCAAUCGUUGAAGAAUGCUUGAAAACUCUAAGUCGGCGUUUUCCUAAAAGCUCACGUGUGUUGAAGUUGAAAGGAAUGUUUUAUGAAUCGCAGGGACAGUUCGAGAUAGCUGGAGAGAUUUAUGAUGACCUUAUCCAGAGUGAUCCUGCAAAUAACGUGUUCCGGAAGCGUAAAGUUGCCCUUUUCCUUGCUCAGUCGAAAAGAUUAGAAGCCAUUAGAGAACUUAACGAUUAUUUAAGAGUUUUCUUGAACGAUACCGAAGCCUGGGUACAGCUGAGUGAACUUUUUAUUGAAGAAGAAGAUUUAGCGAAGGCUGUGCAUUGCUUGGAGGAAUGCGUUCUUAUAUCGCCUUUAAAUAGUCUAUUCGUGAGAAGAUUAGCUGAGGUGCGCUAUUCUCUGGGUGGACUGGAGAACAUCGAGCUUGCCAAGUCGUAUUAUGAGCAAACUGUUAAGCAUACCCCAAAUGAUCUCCGUGCCCUUUAUGGAAUUAUUCUGAGUAGCAACUAUAUAGCUAGUCACACUAAGGGUGCUUCUGAAAAGCGGAAGGAUGUUAUUGGUGCUGGAUGUUCCGCAGCUGAUAAAAUCAUCGAGAUUUAUAGAGAAGCUGCAGCCAAAAAGACGAAUCCCUCAGCUCCUGCCUUGAUCGCCACUGUUGAACAAAUGAAGACCGAAUUAAUGACCAUUAAACAAUAG